AUGGAGCAGCGAAACAGUGGUUCUAUGAACGCUUCGGAGCAAAGCGGCAACACACACGGCGGAAGCCACGACAACCAAAACGGUGACCCUGCCGCCAGCCUGGCCGAGGGGUUCCGAUACUACAAAGAUUUCCUCGAACAGCUGUUAGAUUUGGUUCGCCGCAAUGACCAGGCGGAUCUAGACCGCAUAAUUUCUAUGAUUCGCUCCGGUGCUUCUAAUAAGGAUAUUCUUACCGUUUUAGUCGAAGUACAAGGCGAAGGUAACCUCACUGGCCAGGAAUGA